UGUUAUUCUGUGUAAGAUACUGGACUUGGCAGCCUAUUCUGGCAAAGAGAACCGCGCGAUACGCCGAUUCUGCUUCUCCGCGGAUCACGUGCAAAGGGUUCGAUUGCUCAAUCGGAGAUCUCUGAAUACUUUCAACAUUUCGCUGCCUCUGACCAUCAACUCACCGAAGACGAUCAUUCCACCUCCCGAUAUCGCGCUGUACGCAUUUUCUCGCCUGCAUUUAUCUACGGCUUGCGCUCCGCCCCGCUGCCCUCGAGGCAAAAAUAAGCCUCCGCCGUUGCACCUCUUUUCCAUCCCUCCUUAUUCGCCGCGUCUCAUAAACCUCAUAGACCAAAGACCAUAGACACAAUGGCGCCUUCAUUCGUCACAAUCGAUACAACCCCCGACUUCGACAUGGCUCCCACUCCUUCCAAGCCAGUCGAGUCGAAGCGCACUCUCCUCCUCGCACCCCCUUCCAUCGCCACCCAAGAAGAUAAACUCCGCGCGCUGUUCACAACCUACGACCGCAACACAACCGAUCUACAAAUGCUUGACCGAGUCUCCGCUGGCUUUGUCUCCCUUCCACCAAACACAUACGACCUCGUUCUUGUCCUCACUGAUACCGAUGGCACUCGACGGUCCGAGGCGCUCCAGUUGCUCAAGCGCGAGGUUUACAGCGCGGUCGUCCCGUCUAUGAAGGGCGGUGCGAGACUUCAGACACAGGAUAACUUUUUCGGCGAGGCGGAGGAGCGAGAGGCGGUCCUGGCGGGCCUGAUUAAGUCGGCCGCUGGAUUUGAGAAGCUGGAUGUUGGGACUGGUGGUGCGGUGCCGUUGAAGCUUGGGAGGAAGAAGAAGGCCGCGGCCGCUCCGGCUCCGGCUCCGGCUCCGGCUCCUAUCCCACCGCCGAUUAUCAGUUUGGAUGAUACAAAUGAUUUGAAUGAUGAUGAAUUGAUUGAUGAGGAUACACUUUUGUCGGCGGAUGAUCUCAAGAGGCCGAUUGUUCCACCCCCAGAGUGCCAACCCAAGGCUGGCAAGCGACGCCGCGCCUGUAAGGACUGCACAUGCGGUCUCGCAGCCCAACUCGAGGCCGAAGACAAGGAGCGCCGCGAGACAGCAGACAAGAACCUGAGCGCAUUGAAGCUGGACUCAGACGAUCUGAAUGAGUUGGAUUUCACUGUGCAGGGCAAGACAGGAUCAUGCGGUAACUGCGCCCUUGGUGAUGCCUUCAGGUGCGACGGCUGUCCGUACAUCGGCCUGCCGGCGUUCAAGCCGGGCCAGGAGGUCGAGAUCCUCAACAAUGUCGCGCAGCUAUGAUUCGUUUUCAUUUGGAUGAUUAUUAAUGGGUCCCCCCUGGUGUUAUUUGAUUUUCAUGGCGUCUGUUGCACACAUUAGACAAAAUCAGUGGUUGGUAUCUGGGAUUGGUCUGGGU